CCUGCUUCUGCUUUCAUGGCCAACACUUGAUGGGGUCCACGGAAAUUUCUGAGUCAUCCUCGUUUUCCUCAAAAAUGGAGUCUUUACACUCAAUCACUUCUGUUUCAUAGGCUUUCUGGGUCAUCAACUGUGUACAAACUAGAGAUUUUUCAUCGCCACCGGUUCAGCUUCAGAAAAUGCAAGCGGAUGGGGCUGAAUCAGUGAGGCCCAUGACCCACAGGGUUCAAUCUUUGUCUUCUGCAGACACGAGAGGGAAGCAUAGGAUACAUGCUGAACUGAAACGGUUGGAACAAGAAACAAGGUUCUUAGAGGAAGAGCUAGAACACCUUGAAAGAAUGGAAAAAGCAUCUACAUCGUGCAAAGAAAUGCUCGGUAGUGUGGAGACAAGACCCGAUCCUUUGCUAUCAUUAACCAAUGGUCCUGUGAAUCCUUUAUGGGAUAGAUGGUUUGAAGGCCCCCAGACUUCUAAAGACUGCAGAUGCUGGAUUCUCUGAUAGACAAUACUA